AUGUUCUCGGUAAUAGACGUUUUUAGGAUCCUUGGGGGUCUUUUGCUCUUGAAUUCUGUAUUUUCGUGGUGGUUCACCUCUUCAACCACUUGGGGAUAUGAGGGCCGGUAUUUGGACACGCAGUACUACAAAUUCCAGUACAACACCUUUCCCAAAGGCCAAAUAGAGCUCACGAUAGAUGAGCUCAUGCUCUAUAAUGGAUCCGACCCUGGCUUACCAAUAUAUAUCGCGAUUUAUCACAAGAUAUAUGAUGUCAGUGCCAGCCGAUCACUUUACACCGCUCCUUUGGGGAGAUACCUGAUGAUGGCCGGUAAAGAAUCUGCAAGGAUGUUGGCUACGGCUUGUAUAGGAAAAAACGAUGAAUUAACCAGUGAUUUACGAGGACUCGAUGAAGAAUAUGCCAUGGGCGAGAUUUUUAAAUGGCAGAGCUAUUAUGAAGGAAAAUCUAAAUACUGGCAAGUGGGAUAUUUGAAAGAUGGUGAUGAGGUUUGGAAGGAUAAAGAAAUUCCUUCGCCAUGCACAAAACCACUUAAAAUUCCGCAAAAUGUGGGAAGCCUUCAAUAA